UCGGGAGUAUGAAGUGAAAGAAGAAUUUUUAAAACCUACCACAUCAAGUCGAAGCCGUUUUCUCAAAAGGAUCUUAAAUUAAUAAAACGAUUUAUCGAUUUUUUCGGACUACAACAUCUAUGUAGGGCAGAUAAAAACUGUCUCUGAUGUAGGGCGAGAACAGAGAUAAUAUAUCCAUGGAUAUAUCUCUGGGCGAGAAUUAAAUAACAGCCACACCCGGCGUUAACUUGAUUAAUCUUUAGAUAAAAGCAACAGAGUUUUUCCAUUACCUAAGUGAAUACAAUGCGUAGAAAGAGGUAUCUACGGUACAAUGGCUGUCUUUAUAUAUGCUCAAUUCACUCGCCAUAAAUUCAAUCUGAAAUACAUAUAAAUAAAAUUCAUCUUAUGUUGUUUAGAAAAAUUGAUUUGGUAUAUUAAUUAAAUAGCAAAUCUUUAAUUAAUUCAUAAUCGUCAGUCCUGUUGUUCCUCCUGAAUUAACUCACAUAUCCCAAUAGAAUGAUAAGAUCUUAAUUAGAAACCAUAUAUUAUAAAAAUAAGGCACAAAAUGUAAUCAAAAAAGCAUUGCUUCUAUAUUACUAACAUGAUCAUCUCCGUCAUGAAUUGUUUCAUUGUCCCAUCAUUUUCAAUAAUUUUAUUGCUUCACAUAAAUGGAACAACUCAAAAUCCAGUUUACACAAUUGUUCAUGAAAAAGCGGAACUUGCUUCUUACCAAAGGAAUAUAUUCUCCGAAAAUAUGAAAUUUGUAGUGAAAAAAAUAAAUUCUACAGAUAUAUCUUUGAGUAUGAGAUUUACAAUGGCUACUGAUUUGUUGGACAAAAAAAUUAUGCUUAAAAUAAGUAUCGAUAAGCUAAUAGCAAAUGCAUAUAGACAUACCGGUGCAACUGGAUCUGUAAAUGUUUGUGAAUACUGGGAAAAAAAUGCAUUUGCUAUGAAAGAUAUGAUGUUAAAAUAUGGAUAUAUGGAUGGAUGUGAACUGAAGAAGGGUACCUCAUAUUACUUGGAGAAUUUCAUACCGGAAUACUCAAGUUUUCCGAAAUUUCUUCCUUACGGUAGCUUCAGAGUGAUUUUAGAUUUUUAUUAUGAAAAUGAUACACAAACUACACCAAUAUUCGUAGUGCACUGGUAUGCAAAAGUGGAGAAAUUAAUUAAAUUUUGAACAUGUGAAACAUUCCAGAAAAAUAUAGAUGGAAAUAAUGAUAAUGAAUAAUGUUGUAAUUAAAACUCUACAAAAAUA